AUGUCCGUCGCCGAGACAAACGGUGACGAGCCCCGGCGUGGGUCACGGCAGCGCAAGCAGCCCGAGCGAUUCGAACCCGUCACUGGUAGGUGGGCAGGCGGCUCGGGCGCUAAUGCGACAGGGGGCAACCGUCGCGACGACGACGAUGAGUCCGAGGCCAGCGACGACGAGCCGCCCAAGCGUGGAAAGCGCAAGGCGAACGGCAAGCCCAAAGAGCCUAAAGCUAAAGUCAACAAGCCGAAGAAGGCGGCCGCCAUCGUCCCCGCGACUGAUGCAGAGGUCGUCGAGGGCUUCAAGACGGAUUCUCCCUUGUUCAACGCGCUCCUUCAGCCGGAUGUCGCGAUCCAGCCCCUCGUCGAGGACUGGGUUCACACCUACCAAGGCUCAGCAGGUGACGCCGACGCCGAGAAGGCAGCGGUACAGGAGCUUGUACUCCUGUUCAUCCGCGCCAGCGGGUUCGGCGCCGACGUCGACGAAGACGAGGCGAUGGACCAGGACGGUGUCGUCGACGUGAUUGAGCGUAUCCAGGAUGAGAGCGUCAACACCAACCCCGCGACGUACCCUCUCAUCUCGCGCGUCAAGUCGCUCAGGUCGUUCAAGACCAACCUGUCAGCCGUCAUUUCACACCUUGUCGCAACGCUCUUCCUUACACCGCACCUGUUUGACGACGCCGAAACAACCAAGCACUCGCUCCCCCUUAUUCCCCUGUUGCUGACUUGGCUUCACUCGAUGGCCUCGUCGCCACUCCGCCCCAUCCGUCACACGGCGACGUUUAUCACCCUCAAGAUCAACUCGGCUCUCUGCGACGCCGCGGCCACGGCCAGCAACGAGCUCAGCAUCAAGCAGCGCCAGCGCGAGGCGGAGGCUAAGAAGGGUGGCUCUGGCGCCGCUGGCAAGAAGCGCCUAAAGGAAGCCGAGGAGAAGGUCAAGGAGGCACACGAGCGCAAGACGCGUCUGGAAGAGUACAUGACGGAAAUCUUUGACGUCAUGUUUGUGCACCGUGUUCGCGACGCCGACCCGGCCAUCCGCACAGACUGCAUUCGUGAACUCGGCGUCUGGGUCAAGACGUACGGCGAAAAGUACGUCUCGACGUCGUACCUCAACUACUUUGUCCGCGGGUCGAACGACCCAGACGGCAAUGCCCGUCUCGAGACGGUCAAGGCGCUGGCAGGCCUUUUCUCCAACCCCUCGACGGCCAACAAUGUCGGUUCCUUCACGCUCCGCAUCGCCCCACGCCUUAUCCAGAUGGCGUCACGCGACGUCGAGACCCCUGUCCGCGUCAAUGCCGUCAACGUGAUUACCGCCAUUGACCGCACCGGCGCCUUGCAAGACGAGGACGAGGAGCAGCGGGAAAAGGUCACGCGCCUGAUUUUCGACGAGCAGCCCCGCGUUCGCAAGGCCGCCGCUGGCUUUGUUCGCGGCCUGUGGGAGGACCGCGUCGAGGUUCUACUCACCGAGUUUGGCAACCUCCGGGCUGCUCAGAGGAAGCGUGCCGGCACCGCCGACACCGACGAGAUGAAGCAACGCUUUGAGUGGAAGGCACUCGCGUCGCUCUUGGUCGAGACUUCCAAGUCGCUCAAUGAGCCCAGCGAAGAGGCUAGCUCCUCCAAGCAAGUUGCCCCUCUCGCUGCUGCCUCGGGUUCGGCCACAACGCGUGCCGCUGCGGCCGCCGAGGCUCUGCUCGGCCGCAUUGAGCUCGUCCAGCGCUGGCAGGAGCUCGUCCCGUACCUCUUACUUGACCACUCGACCUCGGACGAGGACAUCUGGCUCCUCACCGAGGAGGAGGAAGACUUUUUGCUCGAGGUCUUGGUCACCGUCAUUACAGACUACGAGUAUGUUGACAUGCAGGACGAAGACGAGGAUGAGAAGACCAAGGCCCUCAUCAAGGUGCUUCCGCGCCUGUUCGCCAAACACCAGGCCGAGGUCAAGCGUAUCGUCGGCGUCUUGGCGAUCCCUCAACACAUGAACCUGUCCAUGUACCUCGAUCUCCGUAAAGGAGCGGCGUACGAGUCGCUCUGGGACGAUAUCACAAAGCAGUUCCUGCAGCACACGGACGCUGCAGUCCAGUCGGCGGCGAUUGCAGCCAUCAAGGCUCUCAACGACAAUACGUCGAUGGCGGCGGUCAACGCGCGAAAGACGACCGAGCUGGAGGAGGCUCUCUUCUCCAGCCUCCGGGACGCCGUCGACGGCGAGGACGUCUCUGCCAUGUCGAUCGACGAGGACAAGCUCACAGCCUUGGAGGCUAUCCUGCUUCGUAUCCACCUUGUCUCGACUGCCCGCGAUAUCGUCACCGUCAUGGAGGACGAGGAAGGCGGCCAAAGUAGCGGCUGGACCAUUGUCAAUGCGUUCGCUGGUCGAGGCGGCCUGGGCUUCAGGGAGGAGGCAAAGGUUAGUGACUGGCCUGUAGUGGAGCGAUUGACAGGCACUGACGGAUCUCAGAUGGUCGAGCACGCCCUGCGCAUCAUCUUCUCUCAUAUUGCUUGGCUCGGCCGUCGCCUUUCAAACUCAGAGGCCAACGACGAAGCCGCCAUUGAUUCGUUCAAUGAGCGGCGCGACGCCGCUUUGGAGUUGUUUGAGCGUUUUGGUGUUCGAGACCGAACCAAUGCAGCUGACACGGUCCGCCGGGAGGCCUUCAUCGCCUUCAUCAACCUCCAUAUCUUGUUUUGCAAGGCACGCAACCCGCCGCCCUCGAUCGUCCUCGAGAUGGCUACCGACAAACAACACAAACUUGGCGGUGCCUUCUCGGCUGCGGUCGACCGAUACGUAUCCGACCUUGACGAUGCCGAGCAGGACGAUGAGGACGAAGACAGCAUUGAGAGUGCCCAACGCGACUACACGUUCUUGCAGUUGGUGGCGGCAUUCGUCGGUGCCAUCCGUGUUGGUGUUAUGGACAUUGAGCAGGCCAAGGAGCCCCUGGCUCACUACGGCCGAUUCGGUGACGCCUACGAUUCGCUCGUCCGGACCUUGGCCGAUUCCCUGCGUAACGAAGGCAUCUACAACCGUGACGCUACCACAGUGCAGCAUGUGAUCGGAGAGGCACUCCAGAACUCAUUUAAUGUGUUCCUGGACAGUGACGACCACGACCCCGAGGCGACCGUUGCAUUGGCACGCUUCGCAGCUUCGGCAUUCGUUGUACAUGGCACGCACUUCACGGUUCUGAAGCAGAUCCACCCUGGCGAUGUGUACGACCUGCACAUCAAUGCUAUCGACUGGGUUAUGCGCAAGAUCAGUGUGCUGGUCAAGCAGCAGGCCCAGAAGGAGAGCAAAGAGGCCAAAGCUUGGAUCAACGCCAAACGGGGCCAGCUGUACGCCUUCUUCCGCCCUCUGGCGCUCCUUCUUGGACCGAUUGCGGGCCGUGAUGCCCUCCGCAUUCGCGCUCACCUUGAGAGCGUUGUGGACGCGUCCGGUGCGGCAGUUCAAACUCGGGCAUCGGGAUCGUACAAGGCCUACGAGAAGCGACUUGUUGCUGCCGCCGGCAAGGACACUGUCCUCAAGGUGCAGCCGGCGAAGACCGUCCCCUCUCAGCCGCGAAAGAGUGCGGCGAUCAUCGAAGACGAGGACGAAGAGGAGGAAGAGGAAGAGGCCAAUGGCGACGCUGAGGUGGAUGGUGACGCGGGCGCCGACGAGGACGACAUCGAGGCGAGUGCCGACCAACCGCCAGAGGACGUCGAUGAGGUCGAGGAGUUUGGUGCCACACCAACGCCUUCUUCUCAGCCUGCUUCGAGCCAGAAGCGGCCGCUCGAAGACGAGUCUAUCAUGCUCGACUUUGAGCCUGGCGAGGACGGAAACUUUGACGCCGAGAUCGACCUGGCGUUUGCGUCGUCGCCUGCGGGUGCCGCCGCCGCCGCCGCUGCCGCCCGCGACCGAAGCGUGUCCAUCGAGCCUACUGCCAAGAAGAGGAAGACUGUCAACAAGUAUUAGUAGAGACGAUCGAGUCUUGGG